CCUUCAUACCAGUGCGGCUAGAUCUAGCUGCUUUUAAGUCCUGUCAGACUCAGAGUUGUUGUUGUACAUGAGUGGUCACUGUGGUCAAACUUACAGGGGAGCAACAUGUCUACAUCUGAGCAUACUGGUAUAUUGAAGUCCAAUCCAAGUCUAAUCUCAAAAGUGCAAGACUGGAUUAAGGAAAAUGUUGACUACAGCAGAGCCGAACUCAAUCGAAAGCCAUACUCCUUUCGUGGAGGUAUCUGUCACUUUGAUUGUCAGUUACCCUCUCUGACUUUGCUCUGCCGUGAUGCAUUUGCUAAGUACAAGAUGCUCGUCAUUGACAGUGAUAUGAUGGAUGACUUACAAAAAGCUAAGGUCCUUAACUGGUGUGGUGCUCUGUCAACUCUACAUGCUGUUAAAGUCCCACGAGAUGGAAACUGCUUGCUACACUCUGCGUCUUUUGCCAUGUGGGGUGUGGACGACCGGGGGGAGACUCUUCGACAGUUGCUGCUCAUGACCCUCCAAAACGAUUAUGGCAACCAGUACCGGACACGCUGGUGCCGUCAACAACUCCAGGAUGCACAGAACGUAAUCCAAACAGAGAAGGAGGCUAUGAUGCAGGAAUGGGAAGAUAUAGUUGACAGAGUUGCAAGCACUGCAAGUCAGGCUGCAUCUGCGGCAGUCCCCCACAAAUUCCUUGAGUCACUUCAUGUCUACGUUCUGUGCAACAUCCUCCGACGUCCCAUCAUUAUUAUCUCUGACUGUUCCGCACGUUCAAUAGAUGGAACAAGUCUCCAGGAAAAUAACAUCGGUGGGAUCUACCUGCCCUUGGAGUGGAAUCGUGCGGAGUGCAGCAAGACGCCACUGAUCAUAGGCUACACCAACACCGGAUGUCACUUCUCUCCCUUACUGUCUGAGUUUCAAAUGGACAGCACCAGGAAACAGAUGUUCCCACUGGUGACUCAAGAUAUGAACUUCUUGCCGGUGAGGUUCUUGAAGCAGGAGGAGGAGACUGUGGUCUGGGAGCUGCUGCAGGACUAUUUGGUCAUCAAGGAUGAGGUAUCAGGCCAACAAGGUGUCAGUGUUCUUUGUGUGGUCAUGUCGCUGAAACCUAUGCCUUUCCAUCUGAAUGCCGUUGAAAUGCACUAUCAGCAGUUUGUUCAGCGCAGCAAAAAGCAGGUCCCUGCUGUAUACUCCCAUUUCCAUCACUCACAGAGUGUUGAGACACAGCAGUCUAGAGUUGCUGCAAACUACCGUGACGUAGUACCACCCUUUGAUGAUGAUCUGGUACCACAUAUCCACCCCCCUGUCGUUGAACCACCCUUGCAUUCCUCAAAAUCCAACCCCUUCUACCACAUCCAGGUGAGCAGCCAGACUGUGGUUUCCACCUAUGUGAGACCUGUCAAUGAAGCACACAAAGCACGACUAAAGGGUCUAGAUACCAAAAAGUCUAAGAAACAGAUUAAAAAAGACAAAGAAAAGAAUGUUCCUCCUGCUGAAAAGUUUCCAUAUCCUGGACAUCCAAACGCGGCAAGUGUGUUGGAAGGUGUGUUACCAGAUGAGUUCCAAAGGCACUUCGCCAUCGCAGAGAAAUUGACUGAUUUAGUGUCAACUGUGAAAAAUGAACGGAACUCAAGAAAUCCAACCAAAAAGAGGGUGAAAGAAGAAGGAGGACUUGCUUUUGUUGCUGAGAAGCUCAACGACUUUGAUUUAUUUUUUGGUGGAGACCAGAUGUCAAAAACAGUGACAGAGCAGAUUAAAGAGAAAAAUACUACAGUAGCAAGCAACUGCAUCACUCCUGGAUGCAAAAAAUCAGCAGGAAUGAACCAAGGUGGAUUGUGUGAUGGGUGCUUGGAGAACUUGACCAUUGCAGAGAGUGGCACUGAACUUGUAUCAAUUGGGGAAGGAGACAAGAAAUUUUACGUCUCAAAACAAGGAGAAGAUAGGGGGAAUACCUCGAUGGAGACGGAGCCUGGUGUGCCUGUUGUCUAUGAGUUCCAGUUGGAUACUGGGCCCCCGCCACCAGCUACUUUAGUCCCUACAGCUCCCCCACCUUCUGGAAACUUCCCGUCGCACGCGCCAGAAACUCUUUCCCUGAUGUCCACUCGUUGUGCGAAUGGCUGUGGCUACAGAUGUUCUAAGCACACUUUUCCUUACUGUCAUGAGUGCCACGACAGGCUUCAGAGUAACACCGAAGUUGUGGAACAGCCAACUGCGCUGCUGCCUUCAAGUUCAAAGGUGUACACGCCUCCUUCUGGAGACGGAUGGCAGAAAGUAGGUCAUGACCAAAAGAACAUCCAAGUACCACCGAUAUCUUCGACAAUGCAGGAAAUGCCAUCGUCAAUGCCAGCUGAUGUGCCUGUGCGCUCAGGUGAUCAGGGGGACAUUUCAAAUAAUGCAGUGCGAGUUGUUACAGAAAAUAUGUCUUCUAAGAUUAAAGAACAUUGCAAUGUAGUGAAAGCAGAAGCCAGCUGUCAUUCAGAUCAUGCUCAGAAAAGGCAACAGGUCCAAUGCUCGAGUCCUUUUUGUGUCACAAUGAUUCAGCCUACAGAGGGUGUUUGUCACAAUUGUAAAGAAAUAUUAAGAACUCACAGCCCAUCAACUACUCAGGUUGAUGAGAGUCCACAUGGUCAAAAUGUUCCGAACGGAUUUGUCAAACUGCAAACAGAGAACCAUAAGGACACAAUUUCAGUUCCACCAGGAAACACUCAACCUAAAAGCCCUCUUGGAGAGCUAGAUGUUAUGCAACUAGAUUCGAUACCUGUGCCUUCUGACACGAGAAAUGUGUCAAAAAAGUCAACAGACACAUAUGGCAGGGUGCAGAAAAAACAUCUGGUUCGUGGGAAACUUUGCAUUUCCCCUGGAUGCAGCUAUUUUGGUGACCCAGCAAAUGCAGAUAUGUGCAGUUCCUGUUUUCACAGAAAUCAGCCUUCCAAAUGGAACUCAUCUGCACAAGCAGUGGCAGAAGAAAACCAAGCAAACAGUUAUCACAAACACUCUAAAACUACGUUGUCUUGCACUGGCAAAACUCAACAUAUCAGUCGAAGUCAGGGUGUUGAUAAUGAGUUUACCAAAGUCCCCAUUUUUCAGGCAAGUCUCAAAGAGUUUUCAAAGCUUCCUAGGUUUGAAGCUUUCACAACCGCAACCACCCACUUGCCCGUCUCUUCUGCGUGUGAACCCACAGACAAGUCAAAGUAUGGCUUCACGCAUCAGUCCUAUACCCCCAUGAGUUUGAAUCUGUCCCCCAGUUCUGAGAUGGCUACAAGUCUGAGCAGAGCCCCGCAGGGUUUUCUUCAUGCUCACCAGCCAAACCUGACGGGACCAGAGUCUUUAAAUCCUUCUGAUGUCCCGCCUGGCGUUGACUUUGUUUCCAUCAUUGAUAACGAUAACCUGAAGGGAUACAAGCAAAUGCUACAAGCCUUUGAACGUGAGUUGAAGAAGUGCAGGACCCAUGGCUGUCCCAGUUAUGGGAAUGAUAAAAGCUCUGGCUACUGCAACGAGUGCUAUCUUAUCUACAGUCUCCAAGAGAAGGAGCACCUGAGAACAGACUUGGGGCAGGAAGAUGUGCCUGAUAACUAAGAACACUGUGUAUUAUUAACCCAAAGGCCUAGCUGUUCUUCAUAGUGGUACUGAUAUUUGAGUAAUACUGUCCAUUGUCACUUGUCUUUUUAAAUUUUGCAAGGGGAUCUCGGUACCUUCACUGCUUCCUCAUGUAGGCUACCUCUCCAUUAAUUCUUCUCUUUGUUUCUUUUCUAUCUUCCUCUAUUUCAUAUGUGCUAUGAUUUUGAUUACUCGACGGUAUCAAACAAGCGUUCCUCCCCCCCCCCCCCCCCUUAUUAAUUUUCAUUUUUUUUUGCGCCGGCUCCUUACUCCAUACCCCUCAUUUAUUCAUUUAUUAUAUUCCAGCGUCCCACUACCGAUGGUCAUGUGAAACAUUAUAUCUAGAAUCUAUAUAUAUUUGAAUGAUACACCCUUUUUUUUUG